AUGCUCAGCUCGAGGCAAUCCUUGUACAUCUCUUCUUCUCCUUUCCCUUCUUCUUUUUCUUCUUCUUCGUUGUUUUGUAUCAUUUUCCUCCAAGUUACACUUCUCUAUGGCAUUGCCUUCUCUGCCAACCAUGAAGCCUCAACUCUCUUCUCUUGGCUCCAUACUUCUUCUGCAUCACCACCCCCUCCUUCUUUCUCUAACUGGAACAUCCUUGAUCCAAAUCCAUGCAACUGGACAUCUAUAACAUGCUCCUCACUAGGCUUUGUCACUGAAAUCAACAUACAAUCCAUCCCCCUAGAGCUUCCUAUACCUUCCAACCUCUCUUCAUUUCACUCUCUUCAAAAGCUUGUCAUUUCAGAUGCCAAUCUAACUGGAAGCAUCCCUUCAUACAUUGGUGAUUGCUCUUCCCUCACUGUCAUUGACCUCAGCUCUAACAAUCUUGUUGGUUCAAUUCCUGCCAGCAUUAGCAAGCUCCAGAACCUUCAGAACUUGUCUUUGAACUCUAACCAGCUUACUGGAAGGAUACCAGUGGAGUUAAAAAACUGCAUUGGUUUGAAAAAUCUACUUCUUUUUGACAAUCAGAUAAUUGGGACCAUCCCACCUGAGCUAGGGAAGUUGUCACAACUUGAGUCCCUAAGAGCAGGAGGAAACAAAGAUAUUGUGGGGAAGAUUCCUGAAGAGCUUGGGGAAUGCAGAAAUUUGACUGUUUUGGGGCUGGCUGAUACCAGAAUAUCUGGUUCUUUGCCUGCUUCUUUGGGUAGGCUCACAAAGCUUCAGACAUUGUCCAUCUACACAACCAUGCUGUCUGGUGAAAUUCCACCAGAGUUAGGUAACUGUUCUGAACUUGUUGACUUGUUCUUAUACGAAAAUAGCCUAUCAGGAUCAAUUCCAUCUGAGCUAGGUAAGCUCAAGAAGCUGGAACAGUUAUUUUUUUGGCAGAAUGGUCUUGUGGGGGCUAUCCCAGAAGAGAUUGGUAACUGUACAAGCUUGAGAAAAAUUGAUUUAUCCUUAAAUUCUCUAUCUGGGACCAUACCUGCAUCUUUGGGGGGUCUUUUAAAUCUUGAAGAGUUUAUGAUUAGUGAUAACAAUGUGUCUGGUUCAAUCCCUUCCAGUCUUUCAAAUGCUAAAAAUCUUCAACAGUUGCAAGUUGACACAAACCAGCUCUCAGGCUUAAUUCCACCAGAGCUAGGCCAAUUGUCAAACCUCAUGGUGUUCUUUGCUUGGCAGAACCAGCUUGAGGGAAGCAUUCCCUCUACGUUGGGGAACUGUAGUAACCUUCAAGCACUAGACUUGUCACGCAAUGCACUCACUGGUAGUAUUCCUUUUGUCCUAUUCCGGCUCCAAAACCUCACAAAACUGCUUCUGAUUUCCAAUGACAUAUCAGGUUUCAUACCAAAUGAAAUAGGCAAUUGCAGCUCUCUUAUAAGGUUGAGGCUUGGAAACAAUAGGAUUACAGGAAGCAUUCCCAGGACAAUAGGCAACCUAAAGAGCUUGAACUUUUUAGACCUCUCUGGGAACCGCUUCUCAGGUCCAGUGCCUGAUGAGAUUGGAAGCUGCUCUGAACUGCAAAUGAUAGACUUCAGCAGCAACAGCUUAGAAGGCCCUCUGCCUAAUUCGUUGUCUUCACUAUCAGCAGUUCAGGUAUUGGAUGCAUCUUCCAACAAGUUUUCAGGUCCUUUACCGGCAAGUUUGGGCCGUCUAGUUUUUCUGAGUAAGCUAAUCCUGAACAAUAACUUAUUUUCUGGACCUGUUCCUGCAUCAUUGAGCCUAUGUUCAAAUCUCCAACUGCUUGAUCUUAGCAGCAACAACCUCAGUGGAAACAUACCAGCUGAGCUUGGCCGGAUCGAGACUCUAGAAAUUGCUCUUAAUCUUAGCUGCAAUUCACUCAGCGGAAUAAUCCCAGCUCAGCUAUCUUCUCUUACCAAGCUUUCCAUAUUGGACCUCUCACACAACCAGUUGGAAGGAGAUUUGCAACCUCUUGCUGAGUUAGACAACCUUGUCUCACUCAAUGUAUCUUACAACAAACUUUCUGGCUGUCUUCCAAAUAACAAGCUUUUCAGGCAGUUGACAUCAAAAGACUUCACUGCAAAUCAAGGGCUCUCAUGCUUUGUGAAGGAUUCUAGCAAGACUGGUAUGGAACUAAAUGGAAAUGAACUAAGGAAGUCGCAAAGGCUUAAGCUAGCCAUUGGAUUGCUGAUAGCCUUAACAGUAAUAAUGAUUGUAAUGGGAAUAACUGCUGUGAUCAAAGCAAGAAGAACCAUUAGGGAUGAUGAUUCAGAAUUGGGGGACUCAUGGCCAUGGCAAUUCAUACCAUUUCAGAAAUUAAACUUUUCAGUGGAAGAAAUACUGAAGUGUUUAGUUGAUAGAAAUAUUAUUGGAAAGGGAUGUUCUGGUGUUGUAUAUAGAGCUGAAAUGGAUAAUGGGGAAGUCAUUGCUGUGAAGAAAUUGUGGCCAACAACAAUUGAUGCAGAAGAGGCAUUUAAGGAAGAAAAAAGUGGAGUUCGUGAUUCAUUUUCAGCUGAGGUCAAGACACUUGGCUCAAUCCGUCAUAAGAACAUUGUCAGAUUCUUGGGGUGCUGUUGGAACAGACAAACAAGAUUGCUUAUUUUCGAUUACAUGCCGAAUGGAAGUUUGAGUAGUCUACUUCAUGAGAGGUCUGGAAAUUCUCUGGAAUGGGAACUUAGGUACAGAAUCUUGUUAGGUGCUGCAGAAGGCCUUGCAUAUCUACAUCAUGACUGUGUCCCUCCUAUAGUCCACAGAGAUAUCAAAGCCAAUAACAUCCUCAUUGGCCUUGAAUUUGAACCUUACAUCGCUGACUUUGGCUUGGCUAAACUCGUUGAUGAUGGCGAUUUUGGUCGUUCUUCCAAUACAGUUGCUGGCUCCUAUGGAUAUAUUGCUCCAGAAUAUGGCUAUAUGAUGAAGAUCACAGAGAAGAGUGAUGUUUAUAGCUAUGGAGUAGUUUUGUUAGAAGUCUUGACAGGUAAGCAACCAAUUGAUCCAACCAUCCCAGAUGGUCUACAUGUUGUUGAUUGGGUGAGACAGAAGAAAGGUCUUGAAGUGCUUGAUCCAAGCUUUCUCUGUAGACCAGAAUCAGAAAUAGAGGAAAUUAUGCAGGCAUUGGGAAUAGCGUUAUUGUGUGUGAACUCAUCUCCUGAUGAAAGGCCAACAAUGAGAGAUAUCGUCGCUAUGCUGAAGGAGAUAAAGCAUGAAAGGGAAGAGUAUGCAAAAUUUGAUGUGCUUCUAAAAGGGUCUCCUGCAAAUGAUGCACGCGGGAAUAAAUGCUCUGGUGGAGUUCCUCUACCAACAGCUUCUUCAUCAGUACCAGUCAUGCAAACUUUGAAAACAAAAAGCAAUAACUCAAGCUUCUCUGUGUCUUCUCUGUUCCAUUCCUCUUCAAGUGUCAAGAUGGGUUCCAAAUGA